GGGCCGCCUGGUUGCGCCCUUCAACGCAUUCCUUCCCUUCUGCCAUCAACCUCUGGCCUUCUUUGCAUUGUAUCUCUCCCCAUGGAUAGUGUGGAAUCAUGAUGGCAAAAUACUUCUUUUUCGGUCUCCUUUUAACGGCUGCCAGUGCCAGCAGCAGCGCCUCUGAUCUCGAAGGUACUUGGACGACCAAGUCCCGCCAGGUUGUGACAGGUCCGGGAUUCUACGAUCCAAUUAAUGACAAAUUUCUCGAACCGAAUCUCACUGGAAUCUCAUACUCGUUCAGUGCGGAUGGCCAUUACGAAGAAGCAUACUAUCGGGCCAUUGCCAAUCCCCAGGAUCCUUCCUGCCCCAAGGGGAUUAUGCAGUGGCAGCACGGCACCUACACAGCAAAUAGUGAUGGAUCUCUGGACUUGACUCCGAUCGCUGUCGAUGGACGCCAGCUCUUAUCAGAUCCCUGUUCGUCUCCGCAGGGCGCCUACUCAAGAUACAAUCAAACGGAGCACUUUGAGUCCUUCACUGUUUCGGUAGACUCAUAUCAUGGUGUCCAACGCCUCGACCUUAAGUCCUUCGAUGGAUCGCCGAUGCAUCCAAUGUAUCUUGUGUACAAACCGCCGCAAAUGUUACCCACCCAGACCCUGAAUCCCGUUGGCUCCGGCAAGGGUAAACGCCAGGUUGGAGGGGAUGCUGGUGGUCGAUUCAACAUAAAGCACCUAGUCAACAGCGAGAAGGUUGGCGACCCUAACAAUUGGUUAUGGCUCGGUAUUUUCAUGACCGCACUCGGGGGCAUCACCUUGCUCCGUUCAUAGAUGGCUACGAAACUUGCACGUUACAAUCACGGCGCGACACGAUGGACGGAAGGUGCAUGAACGGAUCUGGAGUUCGGAAUAUUGAUGGGAGGGAAUCGGGACGGGAUGAACAGGAACGGUAAUACUGGGAAUGGCAUAGGGUAUGGCGCUAGGAACUUCUUCGCUUGGAAAGUCUACAUGGUCUCUCACAUGAGGGCACUCUAAUUUGCUGUGUAGCUUGUUUGUUUUUAUACAUUGUAUCACAUUCAAUCCCUACGAACUGAUCAGGAAACUUCCUCUGGCG